AUGCGCUCAUAUAACAAUAAUAAUAUCAAUCAUUUUUUCCAAUCGGAUUUGCAUUUUCAGAACCAAAAUCAAAGUCAACAUCAAAAUCAAAGCCAAAAUCAGAAUCAGAAUCAGAAUCUGGGCCAUGGUCAAACUGAAUCGCAAACUCAAAAUUAUGCUUUUGGGCAUCAUGCCAUUGCUCCGCAUCAGAGAACUAUAGACUCGUACGAAGAACGACGUCAACAACGUUGGCUGAAUAAUCCGUCUUUUCUACCGAACAAUUCGUUGACACCCCAAAAAUACGAUCAGUUCAAUGCUAAUGAUAGCCUGCAUCACUAUGAGGAAGGGUCUCGACAUUUUGUCCACCCAAGCAAAACUCAGCACUCGUCAUUUGGAAUUCCAUUAGAGUAUGCUCAACGCUCAUCAAGUCAAGGUUCAGGUCUAUCUUCAGCGUAUUCCCCUCAAAACAGCUACACUCCACUCAACACUAUCUCAAGAAAUGAUCAUGGUUUUGCUCUUGCAGCCGCCGUAGCCAAUGUGAAUUCAUCUUUAUCAAAUCAAAUGAGUCAAAUAAACAUGCCGCGUGAUUUUACAAGCGCACCAAGUAGAACUGUUUAUUUGGGGAAUAUUCCUCCAUUAUUAACUGUUAAAGAACUUUUGGAUCGUGUGCGGAGUGGUGUUGUUGAAGACGUUAGAAUAUUACCAGAUAAAAUGUGUGCAUUUUUAACGUUUGUUGAUGAAAGCUCGGCUUUACUAUAUCAUUCAGAUGCUAUUUUGAAAAGGUUAAAUAUUGAUGAUAGAGAUAUCAAAAUUGGUUGGGGAAAAUCCUCUCCACAAGAUCCUAUCGUAUCAGCUGCCAUUACAAAUUAUAAUGCCACAAGAAAUGUUUACAUCGGAUUGAUAAACACGAGACCCGACAUGCCAGGACAGGUCGGUGCAGAUGCCAAUGAAACUGUAAUAACUGAAGACAAAUUGCGAGCAGAUCUAGAAACUUUCGGUGAGAUUGACUGUAUAAAAAUUGUCAAAGAAAAAGGUAUUGCAUUUAUUCAUUUUACAUCAAUUUUAACUGCUAUUAAAGUUGUUAACACAUUGGCAGGAAUUAAUCCCUAUUAUCAGAACAAAAAAAUUUUCUAUGGGAAGGAUAGAUGUGCUUUUAUAACAAAAACUCAGCAACAUAAUGCCGCGCAAUUCCUUGGAAUUCAGUCCGGGAUGGAAGAUUUAAGUGAAUUCAACGACCACAAACUAAUUUCAAAUGCUCUGUUACAACAAAGUGCAGCAGCAGCGGCAAUCGCAACUUCAGCUGGUGGACCCAACAAUCUUGGAAAUAGAACUGUUUAUUUGGGAAAUUUACCGAAAGAUGUCAGGAUAGAAGAAAUAUGUAACGUUGUUCGUGGUGGCAUAUUGCAAUCAAUUAAACUGUUGUCAGAUCGCCACGUUUGUUUUAUAACCUUCAUCGAUCCAACAGCAGCGGCUCAAUUUUAUGCUAUGAGUUCAUUGCACGGCAUAACAAUACAAAAGAGACGUUGUAGGGUUGGCUGGGGUAAGCAUAGAGGCCCACUUCCAAACGCAUUGGCCCUGGCUGUCAGUAACGGUGCAGCAAGAAAUGUUUACGUUGGUAAUAUAGACUUCGAAGCCGAUUCUCGAACUAGCACUCCCAUUUUCACGGAACCAAAUUUGAGAAACAUCUUCCAACAAUACGGCGAGGUUGAACAAAUAAAUUUUUUACCAGAAAGAAGCUGCUGUUUCAUUAACUUUACAAACAUCAAUAAUGCAAUUUUGGCCAUCGAUAAGAUAAAGUCAAAUUCAACUUUCAAAGAUUUGAAGAUAAAUUUUGGCAAAGACAGAUGCGGUGCCAUCCCACAUCAAAUUCGUUGA